GUUUGGAUAUCUGUUCUUCGUAAUUGGAUAUCUGUUCUUCGUGUACGUAACCCUCUUUAUAUUUUAAUUUUAAAAGUGCAUUCGUCAUUUCGUCUCGCAACCGUAUUGACUGGGUUCUUCGUCUGGUGAUGGAGUCUCUCGUUAAAAAUAAGUACAGACUCGGACGGAAAAUUGGCAGUGGCUCAUUCGGAGAGAUCUUUAUCGCUACUGAUUUGCAGACGAAUGAGGAGGUAGCAAUUAAGCUUGAAAAUGUCCAGACAAGCCACCCACAAUUACUGUAUGAGUCAAAGUUAUACCGGAUUUUACGAGGAGGAACUGGAAUUGCAAAUGUGAGGUGGUUUGGGGUCGAAAGAGACUACAAUGUGAUGGUCAUGGAUUUGCUUGGCCCCAGUCUUGAAGAUCUGUUCAACUUCUGUAGCAUGAAGUUUACUCUGAAAACUGUUCUCAUGCUUGCGGAUCAAAUGAUCAAUCGUAUUGAGUUCAUACAUAGUAGAUCAUUUUUGCAUCGAGAUGUCAAACCAGAAAAUUUUCUCAUGGGAAUAGGAGAGCGUUCAAAUCAGGUCUACAUAAUUGACUUCGGUUUGGCGAAGAAGUAUAGAGACACUUCAACUCACCAGCACAUCUCUUACAGAGAUAAAAAGAAAUUGACAGGAACGGCAAGAUAUGCAAGCAUUAAUACUCACCUUGGUCGCGAACAAAGUAGGAGGGAUGAUCUGGAAUCUCUUGGAUAUGUUCUAUUGUACUUCCUGAGAGGAAGUCUUCCUUGGCAGGGAAUAAAGGCAGGGAACAAGCGGUGCAAGUAUGGGAGGAUUAGUGGAAUGAAGAUGUCUAUCCCUAUUGAUGCCUUAUGUCGAGGAUAUCCUACAGAGUUUGCUUCAUAUCUUGAGUACUGUCGUUCCCUACGCUUUGAAGACAAACCAGAUUAUGCUUAUCUCAGGGGACAUUUCCGUGACCUCUUCUUCCGCAAAGGAUUUCAGUAUGACUAUGUUUUCGACUGGACUAUUUUGAAAUAUCAGCAAACAGAAAUGGAAGCUCCUCCUUCUAGAUCUCUUAGUCAUGGUUCUGGAACUGGCGCAUGGAUGCCCCCCAUAAUCUCCAGUGUGGAACGCCAGUCGGGCGAAGAAGGCCAGAUGAGAAAUUAUGGCCGACAUGUGUGAAGCACAGUUUGCUUAGAUGGAUUGGAAGUGGCUUCACUAGCAAAGAUCCUAUUGUGUUUUUAAGUAGAGAUUAGUCCAGAUAAUGUACAAAUAAUGAAAUAAACGUCAUGGACGCAGUGAAGCUCUCCGCUAGUCCACUUUUUGUUAUCAUCAGCUUUGUUCCUAAAACCAAGGGACGAUGAUCUUCACCCUCCCCCCAAAAUGUAAAUAAUGUUUUGUAUUUAGCCGAGUUGCCAUCAAUUAAUUACACUUCCCCUUGUGUUUUGUCGGGCCGAGUCUUGGGGUUGGGCACAAUUAAAUUCUAUUUUGUACUGUAAAUCAUAGACCAAUAGCGGUCAAUGACAGUGUAGCUGUAUAACUAUGAAUUGAGUGGCCGUUUUGUGCCCACCGGUCCACCCCUCAUCAUUUCCCCGGUAAAUUAUAGCAUCC